AUGUCGGCUCUGUAUCCUUAUACAAUCUCGCUCGUCAGCUCGAGCCCCACAUUCAUAUUUCAGCCCUUUCGUGAUGGAUUUUAUGAAUCGGAGGGUGAUCCUGCCGGGGGAUGGCGAGGGACAUUCACCAAUAUUACCACUUGGCCCAACCCAAGUACUCAGAAUAUUGGAUCAGGUGUCCCAUUCCGUCAGACAUACCUGGAUGGAGCGAAUUUAACACUUGCCUUCGAAGGAACGGCUGUAUAUUUCUGCCUCACUGCUAUAAAUGCAGCAUUCGACUUUACAGUUGAUGGGAGUCCCGUGGUGACGACUAAAUCUCCACCGGCAGAUCCAGGAUGUGAUGGGACUGGUGCCGAGAUUAUGGCAUACACUUCUAAGUUAGAGUACGCAAAUCACACGGCGACCCUGCAGGUCAACUCUCGAGGACAGGUGGAUUUCCGCUUUUUCGGGGGUUUUGUUACGAUCGGCCUUGCCGGAUACGAGCCAUUUCAAGAGGGUUGGUAUGCUCUCCAAGGUGAUCCAACUGGCGGGUGGCGCACAAGUUUCUCUAGCCUUACUACAUGGCCAAACCCCGGGUUGGGUAAUUUCGGGACUGGUGUGCCGUUACGAGAGACCUACCUUGACGGUGCGAACGUGACCCUGCAGUUUGAAGGUACCGCCUUAUACCUCUGCCUGUUAUUAACCGAGUCUGCGUAUACCUUCACGGUAGACGGUAGUCCCGUGUCGACUACGGGCUCUGCGGAAGAUCCGGCAUGCGCUAGCACAGCUGCCCACCUUAUGGCGUAUGUUGAUGGUUUAACUUACGGUAGCCACACUGCGACAUUGCGAGUUAAUUCGCAGGGAAAUGCCGACUUCCAAUUCUUCGGAGGUGUGGUGACCGUUGGACUGAAUGGCACAAAUCCAACUAUUGAACGUAUUGACGACGCCGAGGUGGGAUGGUCGUACCAACCUGCAGGUGUCUGGAUCUUCUCCACUCCUGCCACCGCGACUAACGCGGCCAACGAUUACGCCGGCACUCGACAUUGGAUGUGUUCGUAUGGACCCGCGUUUUUGGCCAGCUACACCUUCAAUGAAUCAGCGGCCGUCCAACUACUCGGUAUGCUGGAUCUCAAUAUGGGACCAUUUACGAUCCAAUUCGAUGGCCAGUCAUACGUCUACAACGGAUCUGACUUAUGGCACGAACCCCAACAAGUGCUGUUCUUUAAAGCAGGUUUAGAUCCGACAAAGGAGUAUACAAUCACGUUGAUCAAUUACGAUCCAGCAGCCCCGAACGCGCAACAGCCUGUCGGACCUGACUUCUACCCUUGCGCGUCGGUCGACGAGUUGAUAUUGACGAAAGUAACCCCUGGUCUUCCGUCGACUGGCGGAGGAGGCAAUGGCACAGCGGGAGCUGGCUCUGGGGGUGAUACCACAGGAGGAGCGGUUGGGGGCGCCACCGGAAACGGCUCGUCACGGGUUGGAGCUAUCGCAGGUGGUGUGGUGGGUGGUGUUGCACUGCUCUGUAUCGCUCUGUUUCUCCUAUGGUUCUUCUGGUGGAGAAAACGAAGUGCGCCAUUAUCCGAUUCGAGCCGAUCAGAGAUCGACCCGUAUCCGCAAAACGAAGCCAACGAAGAAGCGAUUCCAUAUCCACUCCCUCGGUCGAUGUAUAGCGCUGCCCCGACCAGUGAGAGCGCUUUGCCGGGAUUGGACCUGCAUAAACCCGAAGAUGGCAAUUAUAUCCAGAGCCCUUUGCAACUAUUGGCAUCUCCAGUGCCGGUGCAAUCGCCGACUGAGCAUCGAGACACCAAACAACAUCUCAAUAACAUGUCGAUGCGACAGCCCUCUGCACCUAUCAGCCUGUCCAUACAACAGUCCUCGGCAACCUCGACGUCCGAGUCGACGCCGUACCAGGUCGCCACGACCCAGGAAUUGGUCGGUAUCCUCAAUCAGCGCCUUCGGGAAGAAUAUCGCGCCGAGAACGACAUGGAUCCAGAACUUCCGCAAUAUGCACCUGCAUCAUGA